CUGGGGUUUUCUUUCCUGUCUACUCAUCUCUCUGUCGACUUUAGCCCCUCAUAAUACACCACUGUGAUGAUCAUGUUCUAACGAUUACUGUUUUCUUUUCACUUUGGGCACUCAGACGGUUUUGAAGGCCGUUACCGAGUAUCAUGCUGACAAGCCCCCAUUUUGCCUGCUCCCAAGACUAGACACUUCCUCCACCACAUCGAUCGAAUCCAGUUUCUUUUCUUCUCGCAUGAUACUCAAAAGUACGCGUGACGUAUAUCGACUUUUGAACAGAGACGACGAUAACGGUCCAGUUUCCACCGCCUCGAAGACGCGUCUCUGUGCUAGCAUAUCCCGAUAACGCAGCCGAAGGGCGACCACAAACAACAAAAUGGACGAUAGUGAAGCACAAGCAACUGCGUCCGGUUCCAUCGGCCAGUUCUCCUUCGCACCCGCGACACAAACCACGGUCGUGACCACUACCACUACCACCACAACCACAUUUCCUCCGUUGUUUAUCAAGCCACCGCGGGCGGUUCGAGAACUUGAUCCUAAGCUCUACCCUCUGGCAUCGUCCGCUACGCCCUCGGCGCUAAAAAAUAUCAGAUUUGAAGUUGGGGGGAAGUCGGUUGUUUUCAACGAGCCUGAUGACACAACGGCAACAAUAGAAGCGAUCCACGAGAGGAACGAUGUCCUGAGAGCCUCGAAUGGCGUAAUUCGCUCUGUCACUUCAUUCAAUUCGGAAGACAAUCAGUCACUGUCUCGGUUCGCAGCCUCGCGAGUCUCGAAUCAUCCGUCGCCUGUCCCAACGAGCUCGAAGCGACGGCCUCUACCACUUGCGGAUUCUUGGCAAGGACAUUCAAAAACGCAAUCAACUCGGAUUCCGUCAGAGCCUUUAGUUUGUUCGCGGUCCAGUGGCAGUACUUCUUCCCACCCUAGAGCCGCCGGAUUAGCAACACCAGAGACAGAAAGCAGCAGCUUUAGUUCUCAAGACAGCACUACGUCCCGGAGAAGAAUUCGCAGCGCGAAUUUCCCUAGGAAGGAAACUCUGCUUAGAUCUCCAUUAUCUUCAGAAGUUGAAUCUCAGGGAGACCGGCCAAAUCUACAUGCUAGAAAAGAUCCUUCUCGUUCUAGGACUCUUGUUUCCGAAAGGAAUAGGCAUCCCUCGCGUCCUUCAGUAUCGGACUCGGCGGAAUCAGCAAUACAUGAAGAUCAGGAUCUGGAAGUUACUCAGAGCCAAGAUACUUUAUUCAACAAAGAUGUGCUCUCGCAGAAUCGUUCCAUAGAUUCAGCUUCGCAGCUGACGCUUGUCGACAAUGUUCUCGCACAAGAUAUGUGCUUGCCCAGUCCGAGUUUGUCUCCGGUGGCAGCCAUGAACGCAAUGCAUGCUGAAUCUUCAUUUGAUUCUGCCGAAGACCCCGAAGAUGAAACAGAUUCAAGCUUUGAGCAAGUUGAUUCUCAGCUUAGCGAAUCUUUAUCUAGAAAGGCCCUGACUGCUCCCGUUCCAGCGCCUGCCGGCAAGAACUUCGAAAACGUAACCUCGAACACUAGAGUACCCGCUGCGUCAUCUUUGAUGGAUAUACCAAAUGUUGUGAGCUUUUUCGACUCCAUGCCGGAGGAGAUGAAGACGUACCUCAUGUAUCAACUUCUCAAACGCUGUCCAAAACCGACUUUGCACUUUGUCGCCGACGUUGUUAACCCAGCCCUGAAAUGCGACUUCCUCACACUUCUUCCACCUGAAUUAAGUCUAAAUAUUGUGAAAUAUUUUGAUGUACAAACCAUGUGUCGUGCUGCGCAAGUAUCAAAGAAGUGGAGGCACAUCAUCAAUUCAGACGAGAAGUCAUGGAAAGAGCUCCUCGAUCGGGAUGGCUUUACGCUUCCUGAAGGAGAGUUGCAGCGUGCAAUUCGAGAGGGUUGGGGCUGGCAAUUUCCUAAUGGGCUUGAGGAUUACGAAAAGGACCUUAGCCUAUCGUCCUCAAUUUCGGAGCCUUCUGGUUCUGCUUUGUCGCCACUUGCUGGACCUAGCGACAGAUCCACGGCUGUCAACCGUCGACCGAAGAGGAAAGCGAAUACGAGAGUCUCGAGCAGGAAACUGGCAAAGCGCAAGAUUUCGUCAAGCGGCACUGAUCAAUCAGACUCUUCAGACUGGAAAAAGGAUGUGUCAGUCGCAGAAGGUCCAUAUGCCGCUGCCAAUGCUGCGGCCGCGGCUGUUCCAUAUCCAGAUAUAGGUCUCCCAUCCCUAAGGGGUCUUCACUUGUACAAGUCCUUAUACCAGCGGCAUUAUUGUAUGCGCAAAGGUUGGAUGAAACCGGGAGUGAAGCCUAGACAUAUUGCAUUCCGUGCCCACGACCGUCAUGUAGUCACAUGCCUUCAAUUCGACACAGACAAAAUUUUGACGGGCAGUGACGACACGAAUAUCAACGUGUAUGACACGAAAACCGGCGUGCUCAGGGCAACGCUCGAAGGACAUGAGGGUGGUGUUUGGGCGCUUGAGUAUUACGGCAACACUCUUGUAUCAGGAUCAACAGAUAGGUCCGUUCGUGUCUGGGACAUCGAAAGGGCGAGGUGUACUCAAAUAUUCCACGGUCAUACAUCGACUGUGCGUUGUUUACAAAUAGUUCUGCCCGUUGAAGUCGGGAAGAAAGCAGAUGGCACUUCUGAUAUGAUGCCCAAGGAGCCAUUGAUCAUCACAGGCUCACGGGACUCAAACCUACGCGUGUGGAAGCUUCCUAAGCCUGGUGAUCCCGGUUACUAUCAAAGCGGUCCGCAUGUGGAUGAUACUGAUUGUCCAUAUUUUGUCCGUGUACUCACCGGUCAUCAGCAUUCCGUUCGCGCCAUUGCAGCCCAUGGGGACACUCUGGUAAGCGGUAGUUAUGACUGCACUGUGCGUGUCUGGAAGAUUUCAACUGGGGAGACUGUUCACCGAUUAUCUGGCCAUUCAUUGAAAGUAUAUAGCGUGGUCCUUGACCACAAGCGAAACCGUUGUAUCAGUGGGUCUAUGGACAACAUGGUCAAGGUUUGGUCACUGGAGACUGGCUCGAUUCUCUACAACCUGGAAGGUCAUACGUCUCUUGUUGGGCUUCUGGACCUGAAGUGUGAUCGUCUUGUCUCAGCAGCUGCAGACUCCACUCUCCGCAUCUGGGAUCCUGAGACGGGUCAAUGCAAGAGCAUGUUAAGUGCUCAUACUGGCGCAAUCACAUGUUUCCAGCAUGAUGGCCAGAAGGUCAUUUCGGGCUCCGACCGAACUCUGAAAAUGUGGGAUAUACGAACUGGAGAGUGUGUUCGCGAUCUCCUCACAAAUCUUGGAGGAGUCUGGCAGAUCAAGUUCAAUGAACGUAGGUGUGUAGCCGCAGUGCAGCGGGAUGGCAUGACUUAUAUUGAGGUUCUUGAUUUUGGAGCUUCCCGUGAUGGCUAUUCAGAAGAUCAAUUGGGCAGGCGCAUCGUUGUCAAUCGAUCUGGCCAGGAAGUCAGUGACUCAGACGAAGAUUAUGAUCUCUCUGAUGCAUAA